AUGCGAGGUCUCAUGCUUCGAUCACUCUUGGUGGUAGCAUUGGCUCUGAGCCUCCUCAUAAGCGGGGGCCUGAGUUACAAUGAUAUCCCCGAUCGCGACCCCAGAUCCCUCAAGGCCUCGCAGCUUUUUGACAUGAUCCCGGCCGGGAAACGUGGAUCAUGCGCGAACAGGCCCGUUGAUAACACUCUCCAGGACGCCGCUCAAAUAGCCGACAAAGGCCUCAGCGUUCUGGAGCAACUUGUUCACGAUGCUAUGACAAACAACAAGAAUAACCAAGGCGUGAGAUGGGCAAAUAUGGGGUACACAAUGUUCGGCGGGAAAUAUAAGCUCGAAAACAUCCCCGGGGAUAAGAAAAGAAGAAAGAAGGUGCGGGUCACGGACGGAUAUUCUAGGGUGACUAAAGCCAUGUACAAUUUCCAAGCGGUCCAGUUCAAAUUGAAAAACGACCGGGUCCAAGGCAAAUUGAUGUGUGGCGACGAGGACUUGAAAUUGGUGCACAAACUCGGCGACCUUGGCUUGGAGCCAAAAGACAAGCUGAUUUCGGUGGCGAAAAAGGAUCCAAGUAACAUCAAAGGAUAUUUUCUAUCCCGGUAUUGGUCUCCGAAGGACUCGAAGGGGGCCUAUAUUCUUGACAAGGCCUUCCUUGUCUAUAUCGAAGACGAUCAGUAUGAGAAGUGGAAAUAUGGGUACUGCCAUAGAGGGAGGGCUGUGAUGAAUCGGCCAUCCAACUUGAUGGUUCUAUGCGAUCGUGUUUGGCGAUCUCCGACGCUUCGAGACACGAUCAGGAGCCAAUCUAGCCUUAUAGGCAAGCCUAUCAAAGAUGACGAUGGCAAGUAUCUCCUCGAUCAACAACAGACAGCGGGACUCGAUAUGCUCCACGAGACAUUCCACUGGAUUAGUUGGGAUAUUACGGAUAUAAAAACGAGCAGGGGCACGGCGUAUGGGUUUUCUCGAUGUUUCCAACUGGCCAAAGAGGAUCUUCAGCAAGAAAAUCCAUGCGAUUUAGACCAAUCGCUUCGGAAUGCAGAUAGUCAUACGCUUUUUGGGAACGGAGUUACCUUAAAUGAGGUGGACUGGUAUCCUGAUGGGCCGAAGGAACAGGGCUGA